AUGGAAAGAUACUUAGCUAAAAACAGAGGAAUUAUUGACGUGGAACUUCAGUCACAGAUUGAGAAGGAAAAGCAGAAGUGGCGUGAUAUCUUGACGAGAAUCCUUCACUGCAUAAAAUCCCUUGCGACUCAGAACCUGGCUUUGCGAGGACACAGGGAGUCACUUCAGGUAGACUAUGACUCCAAUGUGGGAAAUUUCCUUGGCUUACUGAAACUACUGGCCAUCUUUGACCCUGUCAUAAAAGAACACCUCACUCGUGUGGAAAGUCAUCCUGGAUCCAUGUCUUAUCUUUCAUCGGGUGUCCAGAAUGAAUUCAUCCACAUGAUGGCAUCCACUGUUCGCCAGAGUUUACUGAGAAGCAUUCGUAAAUACAAGUACUAUGGUCUCAUGUUCGACUCGACUCCUGAUCAGGCACACCAUGAGAAGAUAUCAGAAGUAGUGAGGUACGUGGAAACUGAUUCUGAGGGGAAAACAGUCCGUGUUAGAGACUCCUUCCUUGGUUUUAUCCAGAUAAGACAGAAGGAUGCUGAGAGCUUGGUUGAAGACAUCUUGAAACAGUUAGAGAAGAACGAAAUGGAGCUACAAGAUUGUCGGUCACAAUGCUAUGACAACGCUGCUGUGACGGUGUUCCUCAAAGAAUAA